ACCUCUGCCCAUCACUGGUCUUUCACUAUCUUCAUACUUUUAUCUUUUCCAGAAUGUCAUAUAGUUGGAAUCAUACAGUAUGUAGCCUUUUCAGGUUGGUUUCUCUCACUUAGAAAUAAGCAUUUAAAGUUCCUCCAUGUCUUUUCAUGGCUGGAUAGCUCAUUUCUUUUUAGUACUGAAUUCUAUUCCACUGUCUGGAUGGACCACAGUUUGUUUAUUUACUUACCUGCUGAAGGACAAAAUGAUUACUUGCAAGUUUUAGCCUUUAUGAAUAAAGCUGUUAAAAAUAUCUGUGUUGCAGGUUUUUGAGUGGAUGUAAGUUUUCAACUCUUUGAGUAAAUACCAAUAAGUGUGGUUGCUGGAUCUUAUGGGAAGAAUAUGUUUAGUUUUGUAAGAUUCCACUAAACUGUUUUCCAAAGUGUGUGUACCAUCUUAUAUUCCCACCAGCAAUGAGUGAGAGUCCCUGUUGCUUUAAGUCCUUACCAGCAUUUGGUGUUGUCAGUGUUCUGGAAUCUGGCCGUUCUAAAUGGCGUGUAUUGGUGUCCUACUGCCACUUUAACUUGCAUUUCCCUGAUGACUAAUGAUGUGGAACAUCUUUUCAUAUACUAAUUUACCAUCUUUAUAUCCUCUUUGAUGAGGUGUCUUUUAAGGUCUAUGGUCCAUUUAUUAAUUGGACCCAUUGCCUUUCUUUCUUGCACUUUUGGUUGGGAAAAAAAAAAUAGUUGUUUGUCUUAAUGAGAGUCUCCAUUUUGGGUUUUGCUGAUUGCACCUUUAUAGUUUCAUUUAGCAUGUUCUUCUCUUCCUUGCAUUUCUUCUUUUUUUCCCCACACAUUUAUUGAUUUUUGAGAGAGCGCAAGCAGGGGAGGGGUAGAGAGAGUGUGGGACAGAAGAUCUGAAGUGAGCUGUGUGCUGACAGCAGAAAGCCGGAUGCACGGCCCAAACUCAUGAACCAUGAGAUCAUGACUUGAGCCAAAGUCGGAGGCUUAACCAACUGAGCCACCCAGGCAUUCACUCCUCUCUUCCCUGCAUUUCUUAAGAACUGAUAUUUAGAUCUAAACUGAGGUUUGGUAAGAUUUUUUUUGGACUAGGGAAGAGUGCUGUUUCAGAGGUGAUAUUUCAAGUUUCUAGAGUCCAUUGAGAUAUUUAAAAUAGCUCCAUCUUUUUUGUAUUGUUAUUGAUCGUUGGUGACCAUUACCUAGAUGCAUUAAUUCAUUAGGGGUUUGAAAAUUAUGGUAUUCUAGUUCUUUCAUCCUUUUUUUGUUCAUUAUUUGGAAUAUUUCUAUAGAGAAAAAAAUGUCUUCACAUUUUAAUGAUUCUAAUGACUAGGAAAGACAGGAUAAAUGUAAUUUUUCUCCUAAGUACCAGUUUUAGAUGUAUUGAAGUGGUUCCUUAGAAGCAUCCAGAGUUUAACAUGUUCUUUUUUUGGAGUGCUAUGAAUUCAUGAAUUUAAACAUUCUAUAUAUUUCAACCAUUACAGUUACUUUUCUUAAUGAUGAAAAUUUCCUAAAGUUGGUUAGUGGGAGCUUGUUCAAAUUCGCCCAUGAGUUACUGGGGCACAAUCUAGUCUUCAAGGCCUCCCUGCUUUUUUGUAUGACAGAUAUUCUGGGCUCAUCUUAUAUUCUCAGACCUGGUAGUAAUCACAUAUUGAGAAGCCAUAAUUCCUUUUUUAUAGCAUUUAUAGACCCAAUUCAGUGCUGGUUGCACUUAUUGCUACUGGUUGAUCAUUGGUUUUAGACCUUUUCAGUGCAGAGAGCUAAGAUAUAUAUCACUCAGACUGAAAACUCCUGGUUCAAAUAUAGGACUACCAAGUUUUUCUUAACCUGGUUCAUCUUAAAUUAUAAAUGACAUUUUAAGCCAUGAGCCUGGAUGAGGUGAUUUGGGAGUAUAUGUAGAUAGGGCAAAGAAGAUAUUCUAAGGACUGAACUGUGGAGUGCUGUGGCAAUGAAUAUUAACAGGAAAUGACCACUUAGCCAGGAGGAAAACAAAGAGAGUGUGGAGUUAUAAAAACCGGGUGAAGAGAAUGGAUUAAAGAGAAGGACACAAUCAAUGGUAUGCAAUUCUGCUAAUAGCUCAAUGAAGAUGAAGCCCAGAAACUGCUGAAUUUAUUAAUAUGAAGGCCUUUGAUGUUAUUUAUGAAAGUAGUUGUGGUAGAGUUGUGGAGGCAAAAAAAAAAAAAAAAACAGAGUUGGUGGGACAAGAAUUGGAGAAGAGGAAUUUUAGGUAAGGAGUACAGAUGAAAGCUUGGUCUUAGAAACAUGGACCAUACAACCAUAGGAAUAGAAGAGGAAACAAAUCAGAUGAAUACAAAUGCAGAUGGAGAGUGAAGGUGGUGGGGGAAGAGUACAAUAUUUCUCUCCUGAUUUCAUCAGUGAGUUCCCUAAGCAAGGUCAUCAGCUGAUAAUGAAAGUUGGGAAAGAAAUGUUGAGGGUUUGAGAGAAGUCAUUUGGAAGAAAGGGAAAGGGAUUAGGUUAUUAAAAGUUAUGCUUAACAAUGCCUCUAAGACCCAGUGAGGUCAGUGGUCAUAAAUUUAAGAUAAGCCCUUAUGUCAUGUUAAUGAGUUUUUCUUCAACUAUUUAAAACAGUGUGGGUGUAAAUACAGAGUAGAGAGAAAUUUGAAUUUAACCCAACUGUGGUUUGUCAAGGAAGAACAAAUUGACCAAUGGACAAAGGAAGUGAUGUGCUGUGCAAGUGAGUGAUUAAAACAGUUAUAUGAAACAACUCAGGUAAGGAGGGAAAUGACAAUAUGAAUGAUAUGGGUUAAGUUGUGUCCUCCCCACUAAAAACAUAUGUUGAAAUCCUAAUGUCCUGUAUCAGUGAAUGUGACCUUAUUUGGAAAUAGGGUCUUUGCAGAUGUGAUCAAGUUAAGAUGGGCACUGGAAUGGGUCCUCAUUCACUAUGACUGUCCUUUUCAGAAUAGGAGAAGACAGAGACACAUAAGAGACAAUGGUCAUGAGACAACAGAGGCAGAGAUUAAAGUAAUGAAUCUACGAUUCCAACAAUUGUCAACAAACAUUGACGGUAGAAGAGAAGGAAGAAUCCCUUCUUUAGGUUUCAGAGGGAGCAUGGCUCUGCUGACACCUUAGUUUUGGACUUUUAGCUUCCAAAACUGAGAUAAUAAAGUUCUGCAGUUGUAAGCUCCCCAGUUUGUGGGGGCUUUGUUAAUGCAGCCCUAGAAAACUCAUUCAUUUAUGGUUAAUUUCACACCACAGCAGCAGAGGUGAGUGGUUAUGGUAAAGUUUAUAUGGCCUGCAAAACCUAAAACACUUACUAUUUGACCCUUUGCAGGAAAAGUUUGCUGAUCUAAAAUAUGGAAGUAGGAUAUAGUCCAAUGAAAGACUACAUAUGAGAAGUGCUGAAUAUUGUGUAAAGUAAGUAGUAUGUACAUUCAAAACUGUAACUUUAACUGUGGACUGAAGAGGUCAGAAAAGGAAUCAUGUUAGAGAGUGAACUUGAGUAAGCUGAGGAUAGACCAAAUUACACUCUCGGGAAAAUUCCAUUUGUUGGUGAGGAAACGUAGGCUCUUUGCACUUUGGGAUAGUAAACACUGCUUCCCUUUGAAUGCACUAAUGGCCACACUGUUAAACACAUUGAAAAUACAAGACCUAUUGCAAUGCUUGCUCACUAGCAAAAGCUAGUUUGAUUGCUAAAAUAAAAUAUUUGGUCUUUCAGAAUCUGAAUGUACCAUUGCCUCAUUGUAAGAUUUAUCACUUUAUUUGUAUCCUUUUUUUUUUUUUCAUUUGUAGUGAAAUGUGCUUAUAACCUUUGAUUUUUGGUUAAUGAUCCUUACCAUUGUGUGAACUGAAAUUGUAUAUGUAAUGAUGAUACUUUCUAGUCAUUUAUAACAUUUUGUUAUUUGGAAUAUACUUCUGAAUAGCUCAUAUAAUUUAAUCUUUAAGAGACCCCCAUGAAUCUAUUUUAUUUUGAAUAAAAAUUCUGCUUCACAGAGGAAGAAGCUGAAAUUCAGUAAAGUUUAGUGACCAGGUCAGAGUCACAGCCAUUUAAGAAUAUGAUGGAUCUUGGAUGAUACCCGAUAGCAAAUUCUAUUUAUUACCAUAACCAAAUGCAAGCUGAUAUGGCUCAGAAUCCUCCUAAAAUGGUACUCUUGGAAAAAGAAUUUAUUGUAAUUUGAGAAUUUUUCAGUGCAAGGAGUUCUCUCUCCUUAGAAUUUAGAUAGCAUAAACAAGUGGAUGCUGAAAAAUCCAAUGUUGUUUUGUUUUUUUCUUUUUCUAUUGGGUCCUUAUAAAUUGUGGAUGUGAGCAACUGAUCCUGUGUCUGAGAAUUAACUCUUUCUAGAAAGAACUCUGCAGAGCCUUGAUCCUGACCUGGUAUGUGUUCCCUAAGAUUCUAGAAUCCCAGUGGGAAAAGAAACCACACAGAGAUUUAGCCUAUGAGCCUUUUUUUUUUUUUUUUUAAACAGAAGUAUCCCAAUGAUGUCUCAAGGAGCAGCUGGCUUAAAAACUUCUUGGAAGGAGAAGGAGGGAUCUUUGUUACAGACUUCCGCCCCUCCUCCUGCUUCUGUUCCCUUCCCCUCUGCCCCCUGCAGAGUUUUGUUUCUGGGAAUCAGCAAGUAAGAUCACAAGUGGUCUUUUCUCUUUUCACUCUCUCCCAUACAGAAAGCUUUAUCACGUGUGGCCUUAAACUUGCAGCAAAUUGCAAAGAAAUGGCUCAAAAGCUUCAGCUCUCUCUGUGCCCUGGGAGCUGAGAUGCACGUCAGUGGCUUUGCCAGCGUGGCCUGUUCUCUGCAGACUGCCAGAGAAAAGAGGCCAGGAGGAAAGAGGAAACAGUCGAAAUUGCCCAGGGGUGAGACCAUGCCCUUCAUCUUUUCUUUCCCCUAAUUUGCUCUGUCUGUGUCCAUCCAGGCUCUCCCCACCUGGCAGAACUGCUCAGAGCUGCUGUAGAAUUCACCCCAGUUUCCUCUUUCAGUCUGUGGAGUGGGGUCCAGCCUCUUGCUGAGCAAGUUGAGAGGAAUUGGCUGUCUUUGAUCUCCACCUCCAGAAGCAACCUUGACAGGAUCAGAGUCAAGGAAUAUUUUCAUAAUGGACACUUCAUCCAAAGAAAAUAUCCAGUUAUUCUGCAAAAGUUCAAUGCAACCUGUCGGGCGACCUUCCUUAACAACAGAAUAUUCUUCCUCAAAGGAGAAACAACAGUGCUGUGGUGAACUGAAGGUAUUUUUGGGUGCCUUGUCUUUCGUUUACUUUGCCAAAGCAUUGGCAGAAGGCUAUCUGAAGAGCACCAUCACUCAGAUAGAGAGAAGGUUUGAUAUCCCCUCUUCACUGGUGGGAGUUAUUGAUGGUAGUUUUGAAAUUGGGAAUCUCUUAGUUAUAACAUUUGUUAGCUACUUUGGAGCCAAACUUCACAGGCCAAAAAUAAUCGGAACAGGGUGCCUAAUCAUGGGAGUUGGAACACUGCUCAUUGCAAUGCCUCAGUUCUUCAUGCAGCAGUACAGAUAUGAAAAGUAUUCUUUCUCUAAUUCCACUCUGAGCAUCUCUCCAUGUCUCCUGGAGUCAGACAAUCAACUACCUAUCUCAAUUAUGGAAAAAUCACAAUCCAAAAGAAGUGAUGAAUGUGAAAUUGAUGCCAGCUCUUCCAUGUGGGUUUAUGUUUUCCUGGGGAACCUUCUUCGUGGAAUUGGGGAAACUCCUAUUCAGCCUCUAGGCAUUGCCUACCUUGAUGAUUUUGCCAGUGAAGACAAUUCUGCUUUCUAUAUUGGGUGUGUGCAGACGGUUGCAAUUAUAGGACCAAUCUUUGGCUUCCUGCUAGGCUCAUUAUGUGCCAAACUGUAUGUUGACAUUGGCUUCGUAAACCUAGAUCACAUAACCAUUACUCCCAAGGAUCCUCAGUGGGUAGGUGCCUGGUGGCUGGGUUAUCUAAUAGCAGGAAUUGUAAGUCUUCUUGCAGCUGUGCCUUUCUGGUGUUUACCAAAGAGUCUACCUAGACCCCGAAGUAGAGAGGAUUCCAAUUCUUCCUCUGAGAAAUCCAAGUUUAUUAUGGAUGAUCGCACAGACUACCAAACACCCCAUGGAGAAAAGUCAAAAAUAAUGGAAAUGGCAAGAGAUUUUCUUCCAUCACUAAAGAAUAUUUUUGGAAACCCACUGUACUUGUUAUAUUUGUGUGCAAGCACUGUUCAGUUCAACUCUUUAUUUGGAAUGGUAACCUAUAAACCCAAGUACAUUGAGCAACAGUAUGGGCAGUCAGCCUCCAAGGCCAACUUCGUUAUUGGGCUCAUCAAUAUACCUGCAGUGGCCCUUGGAAUAUUCUCUGGGGGAAUAGUUAUGAAAAAAUUCAGAAUCAGUCUGUAUGGAGCCGCAAAACUCUACUUGGGAUCAUCUGUUCUUGGGUACCUCCUAUUCCUUUCCCUGUUUGCACUGGGCUGUGAAAAUUCUGAUGUGGCAGGACUAACUAUUUCCUACCAAGGAACCAAACCUGUCUCUUAUCAUGAACGAGCUCUCUUUUCAGAUUGCAACUCAAGAUGCAAAUGUUCAGAGACAAAAUGGGAACCUGUGUGUGGCGACAAUGGAAUCACAUAUGCAUCGGCAUGUCUCGCUGGCUGUCAGACCUCCACCAGGAAUGGACAAACUAUGAUGUUUUAUAACUGCACCUGUGUGGGAAUUGCAGCCUCAAAGUCAGGAAAUUCCUCAGGCGUGAUGGGCAGAUGUCAAAAAGAUAAUGGAUGUCCCAAAAUGUUUCUGUAUUUCCUUGUAAUUUCAGUCAUCACAUCCUAUACUUUAUCCCUAGGUGGCAUACCUGGAUACAUAUUGCUUCUAAGGUGCAUUAAGCCACAACUUAAGUCUUUUGCCCUGGGAAUCUACACCUUGGCAAUAAGAGUUCUUGCAGGAAUCCCAGCUCCCGUGUAUUUUGGAAUUUUGAUUGACACUUCAUGCCUCAAAUGGGGAUUUAAAAGAUGUGGAAGUAGAGGAUCCUGCAGAUUAUAUGAUUCAAAUGCUUUCAGACACAUAUAUCUGGGACUAACUGUGAUGCUGGGCACAGUGUCUAUUUUCCUAAGUAUUGCAGUACUUUUCACUUUAAAGAAAAAUUGUGUUUCAAAACAUAGAAGCUUCAGAACCAAGAGAGAAGGAACAAUGGUGUCUACAACAAUCAGGAAGGAAAACUGUACUACAGGUGAUCAUUUGCUACAACCCAACUACUGGCCAGGCAAGGAAACACAGCUUUAGAAAGAUUAUGACUUGAAGCCAUGUUUUCUAAUUUCUGGAAAUUCUGCAAAUAGAUUUCAAUCUAAAGGGUUUUAAAGUGUAAUUUUUUUUCUCCUUUCAAAAGAUGUCUUGGAUUUUGACCCUAGGUAUUAGAUGACGUAUCUGAUAACAAAUAUAAUUAAACAUAUAACAGACAAUGUAGAUAAUAAAGUUCAUCUAAACCUUUUAAUUCAUUAUAUUAUCUAUAUAAAUUACUUAUAUUAUUUACUCGUCCUGCUAAAUUUUGCCUUGUGCCCAUUGAUAUAGUAGCCGUAUUCCUAGUAGAACAAGUGUCCUAAUAGUCUAAUGGCUGUGUGUAAUUUCUAAACUGAGAUGCUUGUCAAGGGGGAGAGAAUACUGUUAAAAAAUUAAAUUAUAUCUUGGCCUCCUUUAAAUAUGACCUUAAUGCAGAUGUUAGGAUAGAGUCAGAACAUGUAGAGAAAGAUAUUUUUAAGCUCUUCCUUUUUUUUUUUUUUUGAAUACAGUAAUUGAUACAGAAAUGUAUAGUGGCAAAUAAUCUUGGGGGAUUAGAAUUUUGGAUUAUUACCUAUUCUACCAUUCAUUAUAUGCGCAUUGUGUGUGAUGCUUAAAGUGACCAUGGUGGUAAAGUAAUAAAAUUAAUAUUAACAUGCUUUAUUGUCCUUCU